CCAUUGACUUAUACCGCGAGUCGGAACUCACAUUCAACUCCCAUAGUCAGUCAUUCCUUGCAGUUCCUGUCAAUCCAGUCCUCUGGUUGUGAGUCCUUUGCUCGAGACAUCACUUGCUUCCGCAAAUAUCCCUGACUGUUCAUUCGCUUUCCAGUUGUGAACGAGUCUUUCGAUGAUGGUGAAAGUUAUUAGGUCUCUUGGCCUAUCGGUGGCAUCGUUGUUUGCUGUACUGUUGUCGAGUAGCAGUCCUAGCGAGGCUUUUGUCCGCGGUAGCCAUGGCGAUGUUCCGAGCUCUUCCCAUUCGGAACAAGCACGAGGUGAAACGAUACCGUCCACUCGGAAGCUGUCAUGUAACAUCGAAAUUAACGACAACAGUACCGAUGCAGGCAGUACCGGCGAUACCACUAGCUUUACCUUUGACUAUUACGUAUCCGUGGGUGCCCGCGGUCCUGUAUCGGAGGACCUGGUACAAGCACUACAGCAGGAUAUCUUUAAUGGCGCGCAUUUUCAAGUUCUUUUGUGUCAGAACGAUGAACCCGAAUCAAUUGCAACUACGCAGAACGAUACGACGGAUGGUGGUGCUCGUUCGUUGCGGGAACUCGGCGUCAGCGACCUUACUAUGGAAAGCUUCGAAAUAUCGGAUUAUUUAUGUCCGGCCAACUUGCGCAGCAUUGUGAAUCGUACGCUGACAACGGAGUGUGACGUGAUGCGCGGCUCGAUCCUCGUGACAUUGCUAGAAACGGACAGUGUCGAGGAUGCUGCGGCUACUAUUCGAUCUGGGAUCUGGGAUGCCGUUUCCCUUGAUCUCGUUUUCAGUCGCUACGCUCCGCUCGUUACCUUUGUUGAAUAUUUAGGUGAUUCCGUUAGUGGCGCGUUUCCCCAACCCGAUUCACCCCUUCGUGAUUUAGACGACGAAGAUGGUCCGAUUGUCGCCCUUAACGAGGGAGAUCGGUCUGUCAGUGCGGACAGUGGCGGCAACAAUGGGCUCGCUAUUGGUCUGGGUAUUGGAAUUACCGCCUUGGUCGCACUUGUCGGUUUAGCGGUCUAUCACUCCAGACUACAGAAAGACCAUGACGAAAGUACGAUGGCGCAUGAUGCGGAUGCGUCGACAGCAGUGGCUUAAAAUCUUCAAUCUAAUGUAGCUUUCUUGUCGUGUCUG